CAAACACGCUCAGCUGUUUCGGCUUUGUUUACAUAGAAAAUUUUCAAUUUAUUUCGUUUUCCUUUUUGGCCUCCCACAUAAUACACUGCAUUGCUUUCUUGGCAACAGCAAUUCACCCAGACAUGCGCCCUACAGCGAAAGUGCGCGAUAGGCACAAGAAUUUAUUGCACGGGCCUGAAUGCGCAAACCUUGGCCAGCCAAAAUUUAACCUGCUCGUUGCCAGUUGCGGUGCAACCUCCUCCCCGAAUAAGCAAAUUGGCUGUAUGUGUGUAGUUUCGCUAAGAUAAUAACGCUUAUGUAAAAACGCGGGUGCCAUAUACAAGAAAGUAUCCAAUCUACAAAUAUACAUAUUCUCAUAUACAACAACAAUCACAUCAAAAGUAAAUUAAGUGUUUUCAUCAUGCUGAUGGCAAUUUGUGCAAGUUUAAGGCGAAUUCGGCCAGAUCACGUGAAUUUGACUGCCACGCGUAGUUUGUGGCAAUCUCAUAGGCAGGAAAAGUACCUGCGGCCGAUCAUCUAUGGCCGACAUGCGUAUAUACUGGCCGUGCGGCCGUUUGUGCAGGCCCCAGAGGCGCGUCCUUUGCCCGAUGAUAGAUCAUUGUCGAGACUGCAGCAGCAGCAGCCGCCGCACAAAGAGCCGCAGCAGCAGCAGGAGGAACAGAAGCAGCAGGAAGAACAGAAGUCGCAGCCAAAGGCACUGCAAAAGGACUCUACACACCAGACAAACACAUUGCAGCUAACUUUAUCGACAGACAGCAUUAGACAUACAGCAGACAGGGAGCUCAAGCAACAGGAGAGCCGGUCGUCCGAUCGAGAGUCCCCCAAUAUGGAAAAUACGUCAUCCGGUGUCGAGAUACCAUAUCCAAUCGAUUGGAUAUUUCCACGGCUGCGCAGUCCAUCCAAACUUUGGUUCAUCACCAGCCAACUAGUGGUCACCAUCGUUGGCCUCAUCAGCAAGUUUGUUCUAGUUGUAAUGAAUAAAACUCGAGUGUACAACAAGGAGCGUCUGGUGAAAGCAGUGGUCAAGCGACCAAAGGGCAUACCCUUGGUAACCGUCUCCAAUCAUCACUCCUGCUUUGAUGAUCCCGGUAUUUGGGGCAUCCUUCCCAUACGCUAUGUCUGCAAUACAUUUCGCAUUCGAUGGUCCAUGGCUGCACACGACAUAUGCUUUACCAAAAAGAUUCAUGCAAUGUUCUUUAUGUACGGUAAAUGCAUACCUGUGGUGCGUGGCAUUGGCGUGUACCAGGAGGCGAUCAAUCUGUGCAUCGAGAAGUGCGCUUUGGGGCAAUGGGUACACGUGUUUCCCGAGGGCAAGGUGAACAUGACCAAGGAGGAGAUGCGUCUCAAAUGGGGUGUGGGUCGGAUUAUUUAUGAAUCGCCCCGCAUUCCCAUUAUACUCCCCUUGUGGCACGAAGGCAUGGAUACUGUGCUGCCCAAUGUGGAGCCCUACAAGCUGCAGUGGCGCAAGAAGGUCACUGUCAACAUUGGCGAGCCGCUCGAUUUGAAUGAAUUCGUGCAGACUCUCAAGGAUACGCGAGUCCCAGAGCCUGUGGCUCGCAAACUCAUCACAGACAAAAUACAAGACGCCUUUAAGGAUCUGCGUAACGAAACAGAGAGAUUACAUGAGGAGCGUGCUUAACCGGGAUAUUCAUGCUUUAGCAUAUAAAACUAUGAAAGCUUAUUUAUUUUUAUAGUAUUAAGCCCAAAAUGAAGCCUCCAUAGAAUGUUAUAUAUAUUUAUUGUAUUUACAAUUUUCAUAUUAGUAUAUAUGAGGCUUAUGCUGCCAGUGUGCGAAAAUUAUCAAAUUAAGCAAUCAGAACAAUUAUUGUGUGACGUUUACUUUAAGUAAAUUAGUGUGUUAAAAGGCGCUGCAUUUUUUGUUUCGUUUAGUAUUUAAUUCAAUAAGCUGGCAACGCCAGCAUAUGCACCGAUCAA